UUAAGGGUUAAAGAAUUGUUUCUUUUUGUUUAUAUUUAUUUUUUGUUACGCUUUUAAUAGUAUUCUCAUCAUAUUUAAAUUAUAUAAACAAAGUAAAAUAACCUGAAUAAAUAGACAGAAAAAUUGUUCGGAGCUAUAUUCAAUUUAAAUCCAUAAUUCUUCUUGUAAAAAAGGUAUAAUUUUUUACACAAAAUGUCAGCAGAUGAACCUUCAUAUGAACCACUCAAUAGAAUAGGAAGAGGUGCUUAUGGAACAGUGUACAAAGCUAGGGACAGAAAAACCGGAAACCUUGUAGCCCUGAAACGAGUAUGUGUACAUUUAACAGAAGAUGGCAUAUCGUUAAACACCUUAAGAGAAAUCUCCUUACUUCGACAAGUAAACUCCUUCGAUCAUCCAAACAUUGUUCGUCUUUUGGAUGUUUGUCAUGGACAACAAAUGGAAAAAGAACUCAUAAUGUAUUUGGUAUUUGAACAUGUGGAACAAGACUUGGCAACAUACAUAGAGAGACAUCCAAGUGGAUUCAGUUCAGUACAUAUCAGAAAUUUAUGUAAAGAAAUACUAAUGGGUGUGGAUUUUUUACACAGCAUCCGAGUCAUUCAUAGAGAUCUGAAGCCUCAAAACUUGUUGGUCACUCAUGAUGGACACAUCAAAUUGGCAGACUUUGGUUUGGCCAAGAUCUACGAUUGUGAAAUGCAGCUGACGUCAGUAGUGGUUACGCUAUGGUACAGAGCACCUGAAGUUUUACUGGGUCUGGCUUAUGCUACACCAGUAGACAUUUGGUCAUUGGUUGUAUUAUGGUGGAACUUUAUAAUUUGAAACCACUUUUCUGUGGUACUUCCGAUGGCGAUCAGCUCAGCAAAAUCUUUAGAGUGAUAGGUAAACCGUCCGAGGAUGAGUGGCCUGAGGAGAGCGUUUCCAUAAAAUGGGAAUCUUUCAAUGUUAUAAAUCAAAUUAGGAUUGACCAAAUAUCACCCACUAUGUGUGAAACUGUAUGUGAUUUGAUAACGAAAAUGCUCGUUUUCGAUCCAAAGAAGAGACUGACUGCCUUGGAUGCUUUAAGCCACAAGUAUUUCACUGAAGAACCGCUAAAUACGUAACUGACACAAGUUUUAUUGAUACUUUAUGUUAAGACUCUUUAGUUGUAAGUGUGAUUUAGUGAUUACACUUUACUUAUUCUUAAU